CAGAACUUUAGUAAGCCAGACUCCAUGGACAAGAAGGUGGUUCUGAUCACAGGCUGCUCCUCGGGAAUCGGUCUCAGCUUGGCUGUCCGGCUGGCCUCUGACCCCGACAAGACAUUCAAAGUUUAUGCCACGAUGAGAAACCUGGCCAAGAAGGAGCGUCUAUUAGAGUGUGUGAAAGGCUUGCACAGGGACACCUUGGACAUACUCCAAAUGGACGUGACCAGCCAGCAGUCCAUCCUGGAUGUGAGGGACAGGGUUGUGGAGAAGCGUGUGGAUAUUCUGGUGUGCAAUGCCGGUGUGGGUUUGAUGGGACCGCUGGAGGUGCAGUCUUUAGACUCGAUGAGGCAGAUCCUGGAGGUCAACCUCCUCGGCACCAUCCGGACCAUCCAGGCUUUCCUGACGGACAUGAAGGCUCAGGGCAAGGGCCGCAUUCUGGUCACCGGCAGCACUGGAGGGCUUCAUGGUCUCCCUUUUAAUGAGGUGUACUGUGCCAGCAAAUUUGCAAUAGAGGGAGCGUGUGAGAGUUUGGCUGUCCUCCUGCAACACUUUAACAUCCACGUGAGUCUCAUUGAGUGUGGUCCAGUGAACACUGACUUUCUGGUCAACCUGCAGAAGGCAGAGCUCGGGGAUGCGUCUCUCCAACAGGUCGAUACCCACACACUCAGCCUCUAUGAAAAAUACCUGCAGCACUGUGGCUCUGUUUUCCAAAAUGCAGCACAGGACACUGAGGACAUCGUAAAGGUAUUUCUGGAUGCCAUCCAGUCACCCAGCCCUGCAUUCAGAUACUUCACCAGCGGAGUCAUGCCACCUCUCACCAAACUGAAGAUCACAGAACCAGAUGGCUUGCGGUACAUCAGUGCUAUGAACAAAAUUAUCUUUUCAUCGGAGGACCAAUAAUUUUCCACAUGCCUUGUUUUCAGCCAGCUGCUGCUUCAUGUGCAGACUUGCCUUCUUUUACUUUGAACGCAGAGGUUAAUGUUCCGCUCUUUCACCUUUGAUGUCUGAUAUAAAGUUAAUACACUGACUCAUUGCAGUUGCUCAACUGGAACGGGCAGUGAGUUCAGAGUCUUUCACAGCAGGGAGUGACUCCAUGGUUCUAUUUCUGUAUGUCACUUAUCGAAAGCUAUAUUCCCUAUCACAAUUAUAAGAUAUAAAUGUAAAAAUAGACCAUUUUUCUGCUUUGUGGAGAAAUAUGUGAUAAGGAUUAUGCUUUGAGAGAUACAACAGCUUUUGCAUUCCUAUGGUUUGAUAGUGUUCUUGCCACACUGUUUUCAUUGGAAUGGCCGUGCUUCCGUUCAUGUUUCGGGAAAACAGUCCAAGAAUUUCUUAUGUAAUUUGUGACUGGCUGGUUUAGGCGAACA